AUGAAGCUUUUGGGCCCUAUUGCUGUCCUUUUAGGAUCCAUCUCUGUUGGAGUGGCAGCAUCCGAUGCAGCUGUCUUCCAGUUGUCUGAUUCGGCCGCUAAAGGAAGGGUACCUGUUCUCAACGGAGUUGACGCUGUGCUCAAUCUUGCCGACAGAUUCGGUGUUUCAGGCUUUUAUGAUUUGGAGGAGUUGACGGAUGCUCGCUCCCUUGAGAUCGGCCAGAACAGCGUGCCAUCUGCACAGCAUCCGCAGUUGUUACUCGUUGUCAACGGGGUAGAGAACCCUGAUAGCUUGUUUGAAAAUGCAAAACCUUUGUUCGAAGUCUCUGAGGAAGACAAUAGACUUCUGGACUUUUUGUCGCAGUUACCAGGCGACAUUGCCCGCAUUCAACCCGAAUUGUCAUUGACGAGGUUGUCUGAAGAAAUUUCGUUGGUAUCUGAGACCACAGAAGACUCUCUGGUGCACUUAUGGCACCAGCAUUUUGACAAAUCGUUGAACAGAGAAGCUAACAAGUUUCUGGACGACACUUGGGAGACGCUCAAGGACACAUUUUAUCUCCUUUCGGUGCAAGAUUCAGCCUCAACACCCGAGGAAAAGCGCAACCACAAGAGAUCCAUCAAUUUAAUUAGUGAUGAACUUUUCAUCAACGAAAUGGCACAAUUGGAAUAUUUCUUUGAUAAGCCAAACCCAGCCAGAACAACGGUGAUCAACCUGAAUUCCCUGGUUUCGAUUUUGAAGAAGGCUGGUAAAGAGUCAAGAACUUACGAGCUUGCAACACGCAUUAUGGGUGACUUGAUCAUGAGACACUCCAGCCAGUCGAGUCCAUUUGAAACUACAGUGGUGGUCCUGCCAUUGUCGCAGCAACUGACCAAAAUCUCCGCCCCUCUUCGCAAGAGAGCCGAAUUUUCUCCAAUUUCCAAAAGAGCAGAGGAGCAAGUCUUUGCCUCUUCAGACUCAUGCUAUUCAACUAUAGAAUUGUGCAAAUCAUCCACAUCUUCUUGCUCUGGUCACGGAUCGUGCUCGCAAUCGGGAGACUGCUGGAGUUGUGUGUGCUCCUCAACCACCACAGACAGCAAGACUACCAACUGGUCUGGUGCUGCGUGUCAAAAAAUAGACUACUCCGUUGAAUUCAAUCUGUUCCUCUGGACUGGUGUGGUGCUGACGUUCCUGUUUGUGUCUGGAGUCAAGCUCCUGGCCAGUUGCGGCAGCGAGGAGUUGCCAGGUGUGUUGGUUGCGGCCACUGUUGUGAAGAAGUCAAAUGCCUGA